AUGACAAAAUUCAAGCUCAGCUCGUGGCUCAACACCAGUCCGUCAUCAAACACCGGAGAAGUCGAAAGCAAGAAGCAGAACCGCCUGUCUUUGUCACCCUUUUCUUCUCGGUCAAAUGGUACUCCUAAAGAUGAGGUUACCAAGGGGGAAGUUUCAGCGGCAAAUGAGCCUGCAAGUUCGUCGUCAAGACUGACAGAGCUUGCUAAGAAGAUCGCGAUGGAGACCGAAAAGUUGGAAAAGUACAUGAGGGAAAAUGGCAUGCCAUUGCCGAGUCUAGACCCUAACGGACCCCUUGACUUUCCCAAGCUUCCCGAGGACAUCCAGAAGAGCCGGAUGGAGAUCAUGUUUGCGACUAGAGAGCUGGAGGCUUUGGUCCAUGGACCCCGAGAAGACGUCAGGUGGAAAGCUUGGAGCUGGCAAGACAGCUUGAGCCUUCAAUUGGUCAACCACUUUGGUCUCGCGAAACUCGUGCCAAUCGAUGGCACCAUCACGUUGGCGGAAUUGCAAACAAAGACCACUCUCGACGCUGUCAACCUCGCGCGGGUUCUUCGUCAUGCUAUGACAAACCGGAUUUUCCGCGAGCCUUCGCCGGGCGUGAUCGCUCAUACUGCAGCGUCCCGCCUGUUGGCAGAGGACCAGUCGCUCCAGGAUUGGGUUGGCUACAACCUCGAAGACAACUUCCCUGCCUCUGCCCAUGUUCUUCAAGCCCUCAAAGCCUACCCAGAAGCCACUUCACUCACACGGACCGGCUUCAACUUCGCGUUUGAUACCGUGGACAAGGAGCCGAUGUUCGUCACCUUUGGCAAGGAUCCGGCUCGAGCUAAGCGUUUCGGCGGCGCCAUGGUCAGUCUCACAGGCGGCGAGGGUUACGAAGUCAAACACCUCGUUGAUACAUACGACUUUGGCGACGUUGAUGCUAGAGGCGGAACGCUGGUGGAUAUCGGCGGCAGCCAGGGCUUCGUAUGCGUCGACCUGGCUAAGAAGUGGAAGAAUAUGAAAUUCGUCGUACAGGAUCUCCAGAAAACCAUUGACUCAGCCCCAAAGCCGGUGUCCGACGACACUCAGAUUGCCGAACGCAUCGAGUUCAUGGCACACGACUUCUUCAAAGAACAAACUGUGAAGGAUGCAGACGUUUUCUUUUUCCGCUGGAUCAUGCACAACUACUCCACGCCUUACGCUGUUUCUAUCCUCAAGAAUCUGGUUCCUGCAAUGAAGCCCGGCGCGAAGGUUGUCAUCAAGGAUCAGUGCCUACGCCAACCCGGAGAAGAGAACCCAUGGGAUGAAAGGAUUAUGCGCGGAAUGGACAUGGUCAUGCUGGCCGUGCUGAACGCUCAGGAGCGUAAUGAGGACGAGUACCGGGCCCUCUUCAAGGCGGCCGACGAGCGAUUCGUCCUGACCAAGGUUUUGCGGCCCAAGGGGUGUAGGAUGAGCAUCAUUGAAGCGGUGUGGGACCCUGAGGCGGCCAAAGAGGGUGCGAAGGGUGAAGAGACGACCGAGGACUCCAACGCAGAGCCCCCUAAAGAGGAAGCUUCGUGA